AUGGAUACCGGGAAUGUAUGUUGCGAAGUCGUGGUCUCACACGUCGACCCGUUUUGCGAUUUUGAUUCUUCAACCUCUGCUAUCCCAACACCGAAUGCUGCGCCUAAAUUUUCGCCUUUCGUCGCACCAUUUUCAACGCCAAACACAGACGAGGAAGAAAGCCCACUCUACACCGAGAUCAACAUACCACUCCCAGCCAUCCCAACACCACCGAAGCAAGCCCAAUCAUCUCUGUCACCGCCACCGAAGUCGCGGUCGCGAGCAGUCUCGCUCUCGUCACUCUCGCCAUUCCGCCGUAGAAGCUCGUCCAUAUUAUCCUCGGGCAGCCCGAGCGAAGAGUGGCCGAGGAUAAAGAAGGAGGUGAAGAACAAGGAGAUCGCCGCGAUGAUGAAUCCCAAUCACCAGAGCAAACGAACGCACAGUGGAACAAUUGAUGCGCUAGCGGUUGUGCCUGCUGUUCUCGUGUUGAGUGCAGAGUUGUUCACUCCUAGCCAGGAGGACGGAGCGAGGAAAAGGGGCAGUGGUGUGGGCAGAUGGGAAGAUGGCAUUCGAUGA